GCCAAACCGAGAAUUUCGAAUUUAAAAGUGCUACAAAAACUGCAAGUUAUCUCGCAGCUGAGCUAUUAUACAAAGUUCACUUUUCUAGGACAACGCUAACCUGGACCAGUACACAAAAGAAAAAGUAAACACGAAUAUUAAAGAAACUCCACCUGUACCUGAAAACCCCGACGGAAAAGCGAGAACGGAAAACAAGAGAUCACCCCACUUCUCAACAAGUUCAAACGAAAACGUAGGUGAAAAGAAAAAAAUUCACGUCUGCAAAGUACAAGACGUAACUGAUCCGCAAGAAGAAAAGAAGAGAAAACAAAGAAAAACAAAACAUAAUUUUGAUGACUUAUUAAAAAUUGACCUUCACGUUCAAGACAUGGCCCAAUACCCUAUCGCAGAGCCAGAAAUAAACGACAAAGUCAAAAAUCAGACUGACAAAAGUGUACAGGAAGAAAAAAAACCACUUGAAAUUAUAGAAGCUUUACAUCCCACUAAAGAAUCAAAUGCUUCCAGCGAAUCCAGGGAUCACCAAAUAAACGAUUCCAGCGAAGACGCUGUAGAAAGUACUUCUCGUGCUACAAUUGACGCAGGUCGAGAACUUCACAGGAAUGUAGAACAGGAGGUUCCGGUUGCGAAGGAGCACAACGGGACGGAGGGUGCCGAAAGUUCCGAACCCGUAAGAGUCACAAAUGAUUUAGUAAAACUCUCAGCACUACCAAUCCAAGAGGCAGUACCAUAUCUCAAGAAGUAUCUACCAGAAGAGACGUCUCCUAGGACUCCCACGCUAAAUCAGGAAAGUCCAAAAACCAACACGGAAACCGAGGAUACGCUUUCACCAGUAGAACGUGCACAGGAAGAAAUAAGACCACCUGAAAUUAUAGAAGCUUUCCAUCCCAAUAAAGAAUCAGAAAUUUCAACUGCAGAACUGAGGAGUCACCAAAUAAACAAUUCCACCGACAACUCUGUAGAAAGCAGCUCUACUUCCACAGGUCACGCAGGUCAAGAACCUUAUAGUAAUGCAGAACAAGAGAUUACAGGUGCGAAGAAGGAGGAUUACGAGACGCAGAGAACC